GCAAAACAAAUAAAAAAAACAAUCCUCUCAUAUGUCUCCAUCGAAACGGAAACAAAGAAACUUCAAUGGCCUCCUCAAAAAAGCAGCACCACAUCCAAAAACUAAUCCACAAAAAGAAAAAAUAAAACUCAAAGACCCCUUCCUUUGCUUCACUUUAUUUCCUUGUUUUUCUCUUUUACACAAUAGCAACUCCUUUUUUUUUUUCUUAAUUUUGAUCAAAUUAAAUUAGUCCCCUCAGAAGGGUAUUCCCUUUUGUGUGGCCAGUUGGCAUGUCUUGGUGAGAGAGAAUAAAUGCAUGACUGCAGACACCUACAGAAGCUUGCUAGGUCAUGGUCAAGGACUGGUCAGUUAACAAGACAGAUCUCUCUCUCUUUUUUAUUGCAAUCCAUAAAAAGAUCAGUGCUUUUUUUUUUUCAAGUAUAAUUAUGUGCUAUACCAGAGGUAGUGAGAAAGACAUGGACAUGCACGUGGUUCUUCUUCAGUUGGCGGCAACUAUACAUACAUCAACACCAUAUUAGAGAGAGAUACUUUUUAAAGCAGAGAGAGGGAUUAUGAAAUUGGCUCGCCUGCUUCCUUUCCAGGAAAGACGCUGUCAGGGUGAGACGACCACUAAUUCUUCACCAUUUUCAUUGCUUCACUUCCCAUGCCUCAUCAGUUUCAUUUUUUUACACAAACCCCACAAAAGCGAAGCCCCCAAGAUAUUUGUUUUUGGGCCGUAAACUAAUGGGGUUGUUUUGCGUGCAAAUGAGUUCACCAAUUUAAGUGCUUUCUUUAGUUUCAGUGAUACCAGAAGUUGAAAAAUGCCACCUUUACAGUGUCAUGAGUGUGCCUUUGUGUUUCUCAAUAUGAGAGCUACAAGAAUUAGUUCACGUGAAGUGGCAAGGAGACCCAGAUCCUGUUUCAGUUGGAUCCAUCAUCAAUAAUGUCAAAGGGGCAGAUCCAUUUAUGAACAUUUAUACUGUGAGCAUGAGAAGAUUGUAUCAAUUGUGUCUUGCUCAUGCUCUUUUGCUCUUAUUUUUUUUCUUCCUUGGAUUCACUGCUACUACAGUUUCACCAGCUACCGAGAAGGAGAUCUUACUACAAUUCAAGGCUAACAUCAGCAAGGACCCUUACAACAGUUUGGCUAAUUGGGUUCCAAGUGGCAAUCCUUGUGAUUACAAUGGUGUGUUCUGCAAUCCUCUUGGUUUUGUACAGAGAAUUGUUUUGUGGAACACAAGCUUAUCUGGGGUUUUGUCACCAGCAUUAUCAGGUUUGAGAUCUUUAAGAAUCUUGACAUUGUUUGGCAACAAAUUUACAAGCAAUAUCCCACAAGAAUAUGCAGGAUUAAGCACAUUGUGGAAGAUAAAUUUGAGUUCUAAUGCCUUAUCUGGGUCAAUACCAGAAUUCAUUGGUGAUUUGCGAAGGAUUAGAUUUCUUGAUUUGUCAAGGAAUGGUUACACUGGGGAGAUUCCAUUUGCUUUGUUCAAGUUUUGUUACAACACCAAGUUUGUUUCUUUUUCUCAUAAUAGUCUUUCUGGUUCAAUCCCCGCUUCAAUUGCAAACUGCACUAAUCUUGAAGGGUUUGAUUUCUCUUUCAAUAAUUUUAGUGGUGACUUGCCUUCUGGGAUUUGUGAUAUUCCUGUAUUAGAGUAUAUGUCUUUGAGGAGCAAUGUGUUAACUGGGAGCGUGCUUGAAGAGAUUUCAAAAUGCCAAAGAUUGCGUUUUUUGGAUCUUGGCAGCAAUUUGUUUACUGGGUUGGCUCCAUUUGAAAUUAUUGGAUCGCAAAACUUGAGUUACUUCAAUGUAUCGCAUAAUGCGUUUCAAGGAGAGAUUUCAGCGAUGAGAACUUGCAGUGAGAGUCUGGAGUUCUUUGAUGCGUCAAGUAAUAAUCUGGAUGGUGAAAUCCCUUUGGGCAUUACAAACUGCAAAAGCCUUGAAUUUAUCGACUUGGGAUUUAACAGGCUGAAUGGGAGCAUUCCAGCUGGUAUUGCAAAUUUGGAGAGGCUUUUGGUGUUUAAAUUGGGUGACAAUUCAAUACAGGGGACAAUCCCUGCAGAAUUUGGAAGCAUUGAGUGGCUUCUUCUUUUGGAUUUGCACAAUCUCAAUCUUUCUGGUGAAAUUCCCAAAGAUAUAAGUAACUGCAGGUUUCUUCGUGAGCUGGAUGUUUCUGGAAAUGCUUUAGAUGGAGAAAUUCCCAACACCCUUGACAAUUUGACUUCCCUGGAAGUCCUUGAUUUGCAUAGAAACCAGCUAGAUGGUAGCAUACCGGAGACUCUAGGAAGCCUAUCAAACCUCAAGCUUCUCGAAUUGUCACAGAAUAACCUUUCUGGGACAAUUCCAUAUUCUCUUGGAAAAUUGGCAAACUUAAAAUAUUUCAAUGUCUCCUCCAACAACCUUUCUGGUCCCAUUCCUUCAAUACCAAAAAUCCAGGCUUUCGGCACAGCUUCAUUUCUUAACAAUUCUGGGCUCUGUGGUGUCCCUUUGGAUAUUUCUUGCUCAGGAGGUGGCAAUGGGACAGGUAAUGGAUCAAACAAAAACAAAGUGCUCAGUAACUCUGUUAUUGUGGCGAUUGUUGCUGCUGCACUGAUCCUUACUGGGGUCUGUGUGGUAUCGAUUAUGAACAUCAGGGCACGCAGCAGGAAAAAAGACAACGUGACAACUGUUGUUGAGAGCACACCAUUGGAUUCAACAGAUUCAAAUGUUAUAAUUGGGAAGCUGGUUCUGUUUAGCAAGACUUUGCCUUCUAAGUACGAAGAUUGGGAGGCUGGAACCAAAGCUUUGCUAGACAAGGAAUGUUUAAUAGGUGGUGGAUCAAUUGGAACUGUAUACAGAACUACUUUUGAAGGUGGGGUUUCUAUUGCAGUGAAGAAGCUUGAGACCCUGGGUAGGAUCAGAAGCCAAGAUGAAUUUGAGCAAGAAAUCGGAUUGUUAGGUAAUCAGCUAUUGGAUUGGAAUAGCAUGAACUAUGGGACUGGAAGUAUGAAUGAACCGAAGUGGAAUGAAAAGUCUAAUCCUUUGAUCCAGUGCAGCCUCAGGGAAGCACCUUGCUCCAGCUCCUGUAAAGUGGAAUGGAAGAUCACAGAGCUCUCUGUCAGCAUAUCAAAUGCAUCAAAGAUAGAAGCUGUGGCGGCCGUGGCACAGCAAGUUCCCUCUAGAGGUAAUGAUUUUUAAGCAUUCCACUAGUUACUCUCUUUUAGUACAACUGUUGCAGAGCCUAUCUCCUUCAGAAUUCCUUCAAGUGGAUACUGUUUCAUUUAACUCAACCAAAUUAACAGCCUAAUGAGAGAUUGUUAUGUGCCUCCUCCUAAUUGAUUUCUUUCCACCAGUUAUUUUAAUGGUAACUAGUGUUCA